AUGCAAAAGGAAAUCGAUAAUUUUGUGAAAGGAAGGAAGGGAUUCAAAGCAAAAAAGCUGGCUCAAGACGAGUUUAAGUUGAUGGCUGACUUUCAAAAUGUUGCCGUUGAUGAUCUAGGCCGAAAAAACGAGGGAAUUGGAUAUGAGAUGAAUAACAUGAAAGUAAACGGAGGAUAUAUUUCAACCGAAGCAACUGAGAGAAAUGAAUGGCUCACUUGCAAGCAAAAGAUUUACGUUUGCGGAGGGUUUGAUGGAGAAUUCAUCCUCAAUUCCGUGGAUUCGUUCAGUUUGCCUGAGAACUCCUGGAAACAAGAGCCAGCGAUGAACGUGCCACGAUCAACUUUUGCAGCGUUUGUUUACCAGGGGCAAAUCAAUGCAACCGGAGGUUGGGAUGGAAGCGAGUACACUAACAGCAUUGAGAGGUUUCGUGUCUGCGAGAGUGAUACUGAAUGGGUCGGGUCUUUUGUCAAGAUACCAAUCAAAUGCAACGGUCAUGGGAUUGUUUGUCGUGAAAAUACCGUCAUUUUAACUGGUGGACGUGAUGGGGACAUCGUUUCAGAUAGAAUUCACGAAAUUAAACUGAUUCCCCCAUACACGACGAAUUUAUUGACCCGGUUGCCAGAGAGAAGAUGUUACCAUGGUUUCCAGAUCAUUGGCAACGAGGUCAUCGUUGCUGGUGGACGGACAUCAACAUGCAUCGAAGACGCUAAAAACACUGUUUAUGCGUACAAUAUUAAGAAUAAUGAAUGCAGAACUCUAUCGCCACUACCAUAUCCCGUCGCCGCUAUGGCUACUCUUUGUUAUAAAGGUAAUGUAAUUUUGAUCGGAGGUCAUAACGAGAAAGACGAAACCUUGAACACAGUAUUCAUGUACGAAGUGAAAACAGGAAAAAUUAAGAUGUUACCUUGUCUUAAUCAUAAAAGAGAAGGAAGUGCAGCAGUUAUCACUGGCAAUAUGAUCAUUGUCAUGGGUGGUUAUGAUUACGAAAGUGAUACCUUCUUAAAUUCAGUCGAAUGCUUAAAUUUAAGUAGCGAUAAUGAGUGGAAAGAAUUGUCACUGAUGACAAAGAAACGAGGUUUUGCAACUGCUGUCCUCGUGAACUAG